UGACGCGGCCGCUCACACCUGUCCCACCCCACGCCCGCCUCGGCUGCUGCCUUACCAUGUCCUCCCGCCUGCCGCUCCCCCUCCUCCUCCUCCUCCCCACACGCUGCCGCCGCGCACUCCCAUGCCGCCGCCGCGCCGGCUCCACCUCCACCUCCAUGCCGCCUUCUUCCUCUUCCUGCUGCCCGCCUUCUUCCUGCUGCUCGCGACGCGGGGGUCCGGCGCGGCGGCGUCCGCGCUGUCCACGUUCGCGCUGGCCAAGGCGGACGCCACCACCAUAGUGUGCGCGCUGCUGCCGUCGGCGGCGUCGCCGCUGCUGGUCGACCUCAACUGCACGGCGGCCGGCGGCGACCACGCGCGCCAGGAGACGUACCCGUCCUCGCACCCGUUCGCCGCGCUGGCCGGCGGGGAGGACUUCCUCUGCGCCGUGGGUCCGUCCGGCGAGCGCGCGGGCGACGUCGACAUGCGCUGGUGGGACCUGUCCGGGAACGGGAACGGCAGCAGGUCCAAGCGGGUCUACAUGGGCCCGCCGCUCCGGGCGCUGUCCUCCGGCGGGUACCGCGUCUGCGGCGUGCUCGACAGCGGGGAGCUCCACUGCUGGCGCUGGCGCGGCCUCAACAUCUCCAGAGACCUCCGCUUUGUCGACGCCGCCGUCGGGGACGGCUUCGUCUGCGGCAUCCUCAAAGGGACGCCGGCCUCCAUCCGCUGCUUCGGCAACGACACGGCGGCACAGGCCGUCAAAGCCGCGCCGGAGGACGGGAGCUUCGACGUCGUGGCCGCGCGCGGCCACCGCGCGUGCGCGCUGUCCACGACGGGGGCGCUCACGUGCUGGGGCCGCGACCCGCCGAGGGUCGACGACGCGGCGGGCACCGGGGGAUACGCGGCGCUGGCAUUGGGGGAGACCGGCGUCUGCGGCCUGCGCACCAAUUUCACCAUCCGCUGCUUCGGCGACGGCGUCGCCCACCCGCCGCCCGGCCUCGCCCACGCCCAGUUCCUCGACGUGCGCGCGCACGGUAAGGCCUUCUGCGGCGUGCUCAUGGCCAACUACUCCCUCCUCUGCUGGGGCGGCGCCGAGUUCAACGCCACCAACCGCCUCGUCUUCGGCCGCGUCAUGCCGGGGCCCUGCGUGCCCAUGUCCUCGUGCCAAUGCGGCGUCUUGCCGGGCUCCGCCAACCUCUGCGACGAGGGCCGCUGCGUCUGCGUCGACUGCGCGUUCGAGCUCAACGUCGCCAGGCCCAACGCGUCGGUCCUCCCCGGGAACGGCGGCGGCAGGAGCAGGAGGACCAUGUGGAUCGCCAUCGCGGCGGCGGGCGCCGCUUUCCUCGUGUUCUUGGCGGCAUUGCAGCUCGCGCUGGUCCUGUGGUGUCGCCGGCGCCGCCGGCGCCGCCGCGGGAACGAACAGGAUGCCUCCGGUGGCGCGCUGCAGUCGCUGAUGCCGCCGAGGCUCGGGUCCAGCAGGAGCAGGGGCCCGGGCAGCGUGGUGGAGCACUUCACGCUGGACAUGCUCCACGCCGCGACGGACGGGUUCUCCGACGACAGCCGCAUCGGGACCGGCAGCUUCGGGUCCGUGUACCGCGGCACCCUCCCCGACGGGCGCGAGGUCGCGAUCAAGCGCGCCGAGGAGUCCGCCAAGGCGUCGAGCUCGGCGGCGGCGCGCCCGGCGCGGCGCCGCGACCGCGAGACGGCGUUCAACUCGGAGCUCACGGCGCUGGCGCGCGCCAACCACAAGAACAUCGUGUGCCUGCUAGGCUGCUGCGCCGACUCCGGCGAGCGCGUGCUGGUGUACGAGUUCAUGGCCAACGGCACGCUGCACGACCAGCUGCACAGCCGCAGCCCCAUGGCGGCGGCCGUGUCGUCGUGGCGGGGCCGCCUCACCAUCGCGCUGGGCGCGGCGCGGGGCAUCGAGUACAUGCACGUCUACGCCGUGCCGCCCAUCAUCCACCGCGACGUCAAGUCCGCCAACAUCCUGCUGGACGACGCGUGGACCGCCAAGAUCGCCGACUUCGGGCUGUCCUCCGUGCUCGACCCCGGCGCGGGCGCCUGCGGCGGCGGCGGAGACGACGGCGCGCCGCAGGAGCCGCUCUACACCGGCGGAACAGUGGGGUACAUGGACCCGGAGUACUACCGGCUGCAGCACCUGACGGACAAGAGCGACGUGUACAGCUUCGGCGUGGUGCUCCUGGAGCUCAUGUCCGGGUGCCGAGUCGUGCAGCGCUACGCCGAGAGCGUGACGCCCAAGAACGUGGUGGAGUUCGCGGUGCCGCACAUCCUCGCCGACGACGUCGCGCGCGUGCUGGACCCGCGCCUGCCCGCGCCCACGCCCGACGAGGCCGAGGCGCUGGCCUACGUGGGCUACCUCGCCGCCGGCUGCGUGGGCCCCGUGGGGUGCGACCGCCCGUCCAUGACCGAGGUCGUGGACGCCCUGGAGCGCGCGCUCGCCGCCUGCGGGGCGGCGCCGCUCUCCCGCGCCGGCACCACCGGCCGCCGCCCCGCCGUGCUCUCCCGCUCCGGCACCGACCAGUUCGACCUCACCGACACCGACUAGCCGUUGUUGACGAAACGUAGGCAUUCGCAUUGCGUCAUCGGCCACUUCCAUGGACCAUGGUGCGAGUGCGGGUGCUUGCCAACAGCAAGCCGCCGCACGCGCGUCGCCAUUGAUUGGGGACACCAAAUGGCCCUGUCUGUUCCUGGGGUCAUGGUGUUCCCGUUGAAAAAGGCGAUCAAGCCAGAGCGGGGGAUCAGAAGGCAAUCGCCGCCGACAUGUCCGAUGCCGCCGCUGCUGCUGCCGCUGCCGCGUGAUCAGAUGAACGGCUUGAUUUCUUGGUGAGGGAGAAAACCUUCGAUUGACUUGCAAACAACCCGACAGUGACAGAGCAGCGGAUCAACACAUGGCCCGUCCGUCAUGCAGGUGAAACGAUUGACGAGACGACCAGCACGACGGAAAAAGAUCAUUCAUUCUUUCUUUCUUUUUUCUUUCUCCCCCACUUUCUUCUGUAUUCGUUGUAUACUUGUAUCUUUGCUUUCGGCUUUUCCUCGUUGGAAGGUUUUCCAUAUUCUUUUACCAAUGUGCAUAGAUGAUAGUAGAUCAGUGUCAAAGAUUGAUGAGAAGAAAAGAAUCACCAUUCACGUAUUUAAUUCCAAUUUUCUAGUGAGGAUUGUUGUUAGGACCUGCUCAUGUGUAUUAUUAUUGGGCAAUUUUUUUUGGUUAUAAAAAGAUAAAAAUUGUUGAGAACUACUACUACUACUCUGGUGGUUUGAGUGCUUGGAUCUGUAAUAGUCAUCUGAAUCAAUCAUUACAUCGUGGA